AUGGCCGACUCCAGCGCCCCCGAACCCCCCACCGAGCAGGUGGCUAAGCUUCUGCUUGACGAGGUCACCGGCGAGAUGAUCUCCAAGACCGAGCUUAAGAAGCGCCAGAAGGCCCGUGAAAGGGAAGCUCAGAAGGCCGCCAAGGCCGCCGCUGCCCCUCCUAAGCCUGCUGCUGCUAAGAAGGGCAACGCUGAGGCUGACGAGAAGAACCUCGACCCCAGCCAGUACUUUGAGAACCGAUCUCGCACUAUCAACAAGCUGCGCGAGACCAAGUCUCCCAACCCCUACCCCCACAAGUUCCACACCGACUACGAUCUGCGCAAGUUCACCAGUGACUUCGGACACCUCAAGUCCGGCGAGAGCGACAAGUCCAAGGUCAUCCGUGUUGGUGCCCGUAUCUACAACAAGCGUGCCUCCGGCAACAAGCUCUUCUUCUACGAUGUCCGCGCCGAGGGCGUCAAGGUCCAGGUCAUGGCUCAGGCGCAAGAGGUCGCCGAGGGCACCCCGUCGUUCGAGGAUCAGCACCUGCACCUUCGCCGAGGUGACAUUGUCGGUAUCAUUGGUUACCCCGGAAGGACAGCACCCAAGUCCAAGAUCGAGAAGGGCGAGGAGGGUGAGCUCUCCAUCUUCGCGACGGAGUUCAUUCUCCUGACCCCCUGCUUGCACACCCUGCCCGACGAGUACUACGGUUUUAAGGACCACGAGGAGCGCCACCGCAAGCGUUACCUCGACCUGAUCAUGAACGAGAAGAGCCGUCAAAUCCUCAUCGCCAGAUCCAAGAUUGUCACCUACAUCAGAAGGUACUUUGACGACAGGGAUUUCGUCGAAGUCGAGACCCCCAUGAUGGGUCCCAUUGCUGGUGGUGCCACCGCCAAGCCCUUCAUCACCCACCACAACGACCUGGACAUGCAAAUGUUCAUGAGAAUCGCCCCCGAGCUUUACCUCAAGGAGCUCGUCGUUGGUGGUCUCCACCGCGUCUACGAGCUUGGCCGCCAGUUCCGCAACGAGGGCAUCGACCUCACCCACAACCCCGAAUUCACCACCUGCGAGUUCUACCAGGCUUUCGCCGAUGUCUACGACCUCAUGAAGACAACCGAGGAGCUCGUCUCCGGCCUUGUCAAGCACCUCACCGGCGGCUACAAGACCAAGUUCCACACCCAACACGGAGAGGUCUACGAGGUCAACUGGGAGGCCCCCUGGAAGCGCUUCGAGAUGAUUCCCGAGCUUGAGAAGGCCACCGGCGAGAAGUUCCCCCCGGCUGACCAGCUCCACACCGCCGAGACCAACGAGUUCCUCCAGAAGGUCCUCAAGAAGAUGAAGCUAGAGUGCUCGCCGCCCCUGACCAACGCCCGCAUGAUUGACAAGCUUGUCGGCGAGUACAUUGAGGAGCAGUGCGUCAACCCCUGCUUCAUCUUUGGCCACCCCCAGGUCAUGUCGCCCCUUGCCAAGUACCACCGUGAAAUCCCCGGUCUUUGCGAGCGUUUCGAGGCCUUUGUGUGCAAGAAGGAGAUUGCCAACGCCUACACCGAGUUGAACGACCCCUUCGACCAAAGACUCCGCUUCGAGGAGCAGGCCAACCAGAAGGACCAGGGUGACGACGAGGCCCAGCUCAUUGACGAGAACUUCUGCAUGUCUCUCGAGUACGGUCUGCCUCCCACCGGAGGAUGGGGUAUGGGUAUCGACAGAAUGGUCAUGUUCUUGACCGACAACUACAGUAUUCGUGAGGUUCUUGCCUUCCCCUUCAUGAAGGAGGAGAAGCAGGCGGAGAAGAAGGCCUCCGCCGCGGAGGUCGUUGGUGUCAAGCCCGUCCCUGAGGAGGGUAUUGCCCACAAGUAG